AUGGAAAGUAUAUGGCAACUAAAGAAUCAGUCACAGGAAUUAUCAACAAGUCACAUGAACACCGGCCAUGGUGGGGAAAAGAAGACUUACAAGGUUUGUGUGAAACAAUAUGGAAAUAUUCCAAGAUCAAUUGUGUCACUAUAUACCGUGCAUUGUGAGCGCUGUGUUGAAAAGCGUCGCAGAAAAGAAACGGCAGCAGGAGUUGUAGUCAGACCACUGUCCGUAAGAGAUCUCAAUGAAAGAGGACAAGUAGAUCUGGUCGACAUGCAGACUAUGAAGGAUAGAAGUUAUCGCUUUAUUCUGCACUAUAUGGAGUAUCUAACGAAGUUUCAUGUGAUUCGUCCCCUGAAAUCAAAGACAGCAGCUGAGGUUGCCAAUGAACUUCUUUUCAUCUUCUUGGAUAUAGAUGCACCAAACAUCCUUCAGUCUGACAAUGGACGUGAAUUUACAGCUGAAGUGAUCCAAGAACUUGCCUCACUAUGGCCUGAACUCAUCUUAGUAAAUGGGCGUCCUCGGCAUCCCCAGAGUCAGGGAUCUAUUGAAAGAGGUAAUGGGGAUAUGAAACUCAAGCUCAUGGCAUGGAUAAGAGACAAUAAUUGUGCUAAAUGGAGUUAUGGUGUCCGUUUUGUUCAGUGGGCCAUGAACAGUUCAUAG